GUAUGUUUUUGUGUGAAUUAUGAAAGCAUGACUACUAGUUCCAUUAAGGCUACGUCAAAUAUUGGAAAAUUUAAAUUAUCACGAAGAGGAAAGAAAUUGCAGCUUUCUGAUGAUCAAAGAACUUUGGUUGCAUUACCAAAAGAUGUCGCUGAACGAACAUGGGCGGAAAUUCUUGAAAAGGAAGAAAACGACCUGAUGAUCUACGAAAUACGCGAGGAAAUAAUUGAAGAUGCGUUAAAGAUCUGUUACAAGAAGUAUAUGGCGAAACAGAACGUGUUAUUCACAGCAUACUGUGCAUCGGAGGCAUGGUUUAAACUAAUCAACUGGUAUUUCUUUCCUCACGACCCUGGUGAAGAUCCGAGCGCCUACCCACCUUGUCAUAUCCCAAAACGAAAAGAGUCCUGGCAGCCAGACGAUCUCCCCGAUCCAUCACCCAAGGAUACAUGGUGUAAACAGGAGUUAGAUGUCCAGGAAGAGAUACAAGAUGAAAUCUUGACGAAAUGGCCGAGCUCUUCGUCCAUAGACAUGCCGGUUAUUGAAGAUAUACCAAAGGAAUACUGGUUUCCCGGUAAAGUCAAUCUUCCAAAUGAUCAAACUGAAAUGUCAGACGAUACUUCAAAGACGAUUACUUAUGAAACAGAAUCGACGAGUUCAGCCGGUAACAUCGGCACCGAGAGUGAGGUCUUGGAGAAGGUCACGGAUUAUAAUAACGGCGAGGUAUCGGCUAAGGAAUCAAUGUUAUGUGAUCUUAAAACUACAACUCCAGUGAACGGAUUACUACAAGGAGCUGGUGAUUCGGCUGUUGAUAGACUUCGACCAAAACGUAGACUUACAGAGAAGAGCAAGUUGUUCAGUCGAGCAAGUGUGCUUGGAAGAUCGAAAGCGACUCUUCCACCGUUGGAUGGCUCCAGAUCCAGGAUCAGUAUCAUCUCCGAUUGUCGUCUUAGGAAUUUGAGAUUGGACACGCAAUACGAGAUAACAUCUGAAAAAGUUGACACGCCGCCGGGCGAGGUCGUGAGGCGGAAAUAGUGUCAUAAACUUUUGAAUGCCUUCUACUUUUCUUGAUAUUUUCAUUAUUCAUUAAAAUUUACUUGAGAUCAUAAUACUGAAAUUA